AUGUUCGUUUGUCUGCAACACCUGAUCGUUGUGGUCUUACUUGUAGUCCAGGCUGCCAUAGCUGUCUCGGCGGCUUUUGACGUGUGCGAAUGUUAUGCGAAGGUGGCAAUCGGAAAUAAGUGCGCGGAGUCUUUAGAGGCUGCUGUGAAGGCUGGGGGCGAAAUACAUAUCGGUGGAAAAAUCCAGGUGGCAUCACCUAUUUCUUUCGACAAGGAUAUAGUGAUAAUUGGACAUCUCUGUGGAGAUGAGGUCGCCAUACUUGAGGCAACAUUUGACGGAAGUGCCUUGCUCCUUCCAACAGGCUCGGUGCAAUCCAUUGAGUUUCAGAACCUCGAACUUACGUCAGCUUCAGGCAAGUAUGUGAGUGCGUUGAGAGGGCUUGGCGAUGAGAAUAACUCCGGAUCUCAAACUUUGUCACUGAAAGUAUACAAUGUCAAAGCUUAUGAUUUCCUUAGUGAGAAAGCGGGUGCGGUGUUCUUCCUAGGAAACGCUAAAGGCGUUUAUAUGGAUAGUUCGUCAGUGUUCACCAACAACCGUGUAAGUUCUGACGUGGAUGAUAGAUAUGCGGGUGGGGGGGUGAUUGCUAUUAUCAAUGCCAACGCCGACUCACGCCUCAUCUUCGACAGCAAGUUUAUUCAGAACAGUGCUCUAUAUCCGGGAGGAAGUGGCACUAUGGAAGUCAGUGGCACAUUCACGGGUAAUCGUGCUGUGGACACUGGUGCAGGAGCUCGUGCGGGUGCAUUGAGAAUCCUUAAUCAUUAUCCUGGAUCUGUGGUGACACUGUCGGGUCGAUUUGAAGAGAAUACUGCUGAAGGGCGAUCAGGUGUGAUGGCGUCGAACACCAUCCAAAGUGGGGCGCUUUUGAAGUUCACCGGUAUUUUUAAGAACAAUAAUGCUCUAGAUGGAAACGGCGGCGUGUUCUCGCAAUGGUCAUCUCAAGAUAUCAGAGGCACCGUUGAGUUUUCAGCGGAUAGCGUAUUCAGCGGCAACUCAGCAUCCGUCGGAGGUACUUCUAUCGCUGGUACCACUUCUGGGUUUACGCUAGACGAAUUGGACUGGACAGGCAGCUCGACAAAGUUUUAAAGUUUAUUUGUCCUCGAAUAAAGGUUGUCAUUGUUCUGA